GGGGGCUGCUGAGGACAGCGACCUCCUUGAAGGGCCGCCGUCGCGAGGCACCGCUCGUGGUGAUCCACUGCGAGACAUUGGUGAUUAUGCGUCACGCGCCGCAUCGCCUGCGGUCGGCGUCUCGCGAAUGGCGGAGCUGGAAUGCUACUGCAGUCCCAGUCUCAAGGAAAACUGGCUGCGGCUCGAUCCCCGACGGUCAACCGGACCCACUCUGGGGUGAACCAUGGCGGCUCGUCGUGGGACGAUCUGGGGUCCAAGCAGUCGACUACCAUGCAGCAACAGAUGCUUGUCGAGCGAGCGGAGCAAAUGAAGUGGUGGUAUCGCGACCCGCAAGGGAGCAUCCAGGGCCCAUUUUCGGCAACUAAUAUGCAGGACUGGUUCUCUGCUGACUACUUCCCCGCUGACCUGCAGGUGUGCCACGAGGGCAGUGCUGGCUUUGAGGCGCUGAGCAGCUUGGUCGCGCGCAUCGGCAACCCCCAAAGCGUCUUUAUAUUUGCAGCGUUGGUCUUUAUAACCCAGAGCAUCCAGCAACGCAGCGGCAUCAACACCCCGGCAACCCCUGCAGCCAUGUCCCGUGCGCCAAGCGCCAUUCAGCUAACCAUGUUGGACGCCGAUGUAAAUGUGUCGGCGGCGGCGACAGCGGCGGGAACUUCCUCAGCGGGAGCGCUAGACAACCUGCAGCAAGAUGUGCGCAACAUGUCCAACGGUGUCAAUGCGCCCUUUUCUGCGUCUGCCAGUAUGUUUGGAGGCGGCGCACCAUCUGGUGACAUCAACACCGCUCGAUCCAGUGCUUCCGGAACCCCUUCCGCGGGCGCAGGCACGAGCGCCGCCGCAACCCAGGCAGCCCAGCUCUCGCUUCUGCUCAAUGAGCAGUUUCUGCUGGUGUCGGCCAUUAACGACCGCCAGCACACAUUGUCACGGUUCAAGAGCAGCUGCAGCAGAGCUUGGCCAAGCUGAUGCAGGAUCUGACGCAGGAAAGCAACGCUAUUCAUUUCAGGGCGCAGAUCGACCGCGUGCCCGUUCAGACUGAUCUCUUAUUUGCGCUUCAGCAGCGCUUCCAGUCGGCCGAAGAGAGACUUCGCUACGAGUCUGCACAGUUCACCCAGAUUCAGGGUGCCAUAUUGCGCAGUUAGAGGCCAAGAUUGACCCGGUCAUCAGAGAUAUCGUGCUGCGCAGCGGCCCCGCGUUUGCGCUGAACUUUAUAAGCCAGCAACUUCAGGACCUU